AUGGUCACUAUGACUGAAAUGAUUGACUUGCGGAUGCAUCAACAUAUUGCACAUGAGAUUUACCGGCAGCAAAUGCUGCAAAGGAUACCAGAUCCUUUCCCAUCGAUGCUGCCGGUUCCGGUGCCACCGAUGCAUGCGAUGGCCUUACCGCCAAGGUACUCGCUGCCUGGCGUAGAGAUGAAGCUGCAGAACAAGGACCUUUGGCGGGAGUUUCACAAGAUCGGCACGGAAAUGAUUAUCACCAAGUGUGGCAGACGAAUGUUUCCCUCGAUGCGUCUUACCGUCGACGGUCUGGACGCGGACACCAAUUAUUGCGUGCUGCUGGAGAUGAUGCCCAUUAGCGACUGUCGGUUCAAAUUCAGCGGAUCGCAGUGGGUUCCGGCGGGUGGUGCCGAACCACAGAGUCCGCAACGAUUUUGUCUGCAUCCGGACAGCCCCGCCCUCGGAACUCACUGGGCCUCCCAGCCGAUUGUUUUCAACAAGGUGAAGCUGACCAAUAACACGCUGGACAACAAUGGACAUGUGGUAUUGACCAGCAUGCAUAAGUACCAGCCGAGGAUACAUAUCAUCAGGACGGCGGAUCCAUCGCAGAUCCCGUGGGCUGCCCAGCAAGCGUUCGUUUUUCCAGAGACUGAGUUCGUGGCCGUUACCGCCUAUCAGAACGAUCGAAUAACCAAACUGAAGAUCGAUAACAACCCGUUCGCCAAAGGAUUCCGCGAGACAGGUCAGUCCCGAUGCAAAAGGAAGCUGGGCAGCGGUGGCGGCGGCAGCAAUACAUCAACGUCAUCCUCGUCGUCGUCGUCGUUGUCGUCCUCGGGAACAUGUGGCCAGAUGACAGAUGACGAGGAUCGCAACGAUCUGCAACAGCUCCACGAGUCCAAGCGGGUCAGAUCAAACGAGCCUGAUCCGCUGGAUGGCCGCCUGUUGGAUCCCCGAUUGCUAGACGACGGCACUCAAGCCGGAUCUGAAGCGGCGUUACGUGUACAAAUGCACCAAAUGCAGCGUCGAUUUCCUCCCGGGCUUGCUACCAAUGAACUGCUGAUGCGCCAGUACAAUCAUAUGUUCAACCCCAGCUGGAUGGAUCUAAUGAUACCGUUUAUGGCGCGGAAUCCCUACCAUCCGACGUUGGGUCCACCCCACACUCAACCUCCAAUAGGUCAUCCCUUCCUGGCGAUGGCAAACCGUGGCGAAGCACUGCUUCCGGCGCCCGUGAGGUCGCCUCUGCUAGCGCCACAGAUCUCACCGUCCGAAUCCAUUCCGGAAUCGGACCAAUCGUCGGCUUUCAGUGUCACACUGCCCGCUUCGGAAGAUCGGCUGUCGUCACCGGUUCGAUUGGGCCCUGCGGAGAAUGGUUCUGCAGGCGGCAGGUCACUUCCGGCGUCCAGUGCCCCGGCGGCGAAUGAGUCUCGUGGUGAAGAAAAUAAUGACGACAAUAAAAAGGUGAACUUUAGCAUUGCUUCCAUUUUGCUGCUUUAG